AUGUCGACCCUCUCAGCUUUGCGCAACUGGGAGGCCGAAAACAAUGUCAUCACCAUCGACCCGUUCCAAAAUGCCCUCUACAACCUGCCUAAUCCUCCCGCCUACAAGGCCUUGCAAAACGCCGCACCAUGGAAGAAAGAUCCCAACUAUUUUACUCACGUCCGCAUAUCUGCCCUCGCUCUCCUCAAAAUGACGACGCACGCCCGGUCCGGUGGCAGCAUCGAAAUCAUGGGCCUCAUGAUCGGUUAUGUCUCUGGUCGAUCUCUCGUCAUAACCGAUGCCUUCCGCCUGCCGGUCGAGGGGACGGAAACACGAGUCAACGCGCACGCUGACGCCGAUGAAUACAUGGUCAACUUCGGUAUUGCGUCCAGAGAAGGAGGAGGUCAGUUGGAAAAUGCGGUGGGAUGGUACCACUCACAUCCGGGCUAUGGUUGUUGGCUGUCAGGGAUAGAUGUUCACACUCAAAAGACACAUCAGAUGGUCAACGACCCCUUCGUGGCGGUGGUCAUUGACCCAGACCGGACCGUCUCCGCUGGCAAAGUCGAAAUUGGUGCAUUUAGGACAUACCCCGAUGGCCAUGUUCCGCAAGACAAACAAUUUACAGACGAAAGCGACGAGUAUCAAGCUAUUCCUCAGGAUAAGAUACAAGACUUCGGUGUUCAUGCCAAUUCUUACUAUCCCCUCGACAUUACUCACUACAAAUCAACUCUCGAUACACACCUACUCGGACUCUUGUGGAACAAGUACUGGACAUCCACUCUCUCGCAGUCACCGCUGUUUACCAAUCGCGACUACACAAACAAGCAGAUCGCCGACCAUGCAGUCAAGAUCAAGGCUGCGGUCAACAAACAGCGGACUGGUGCCAACAUGACCCGACGAGGCCAGGAGUUAGCUGGAACGGGGGACAAGAAUUUCAAGACUGUGAGGGAUGGUUCCAUGGAGCAGAUUGUUCGAGGCGGCAAUAAGAUAGCCACAGAAGAGAUGGCUGGCCUUUUAGCACAUGAGGUCAAGCAAAAAUUGUUCUGGGGAGUGGUGCAGGAAGCCAGCGAAAAGGCAGCUCAGCAAUCCGCCUAUUCGAUAACAGAAGUUCCUCUGGCAAGCAACGGCGGUUGA